AUGCUGGACCAGCCCAUAGACGCGCUGAAAUCGCUAGGGGACGGGGAGGCGACGUACAUGAACUUCCGGGCUCGCUUCAUAGAGCGGUCCGUGUGGAGCGACGGCAGCGGCGUCGGCCGCGGCUCCGGCGCGUCCCAGCUCCGCGCCUCGCUGGGGCGCCUGGACAUUGGUGCUGCGGCCUCCCGCGAGGAGCUCCCGCUCAACGAGAUCCAGGCGCGGCGCCAGAAGUUCGCCUUGUUCCAGGGGAAGUGCAGCGAGGUGUCGCAGGGGCUCUACGUCGCGGGCGAGCCCGUGGCGCGCAACCGGGACUUGCUGCGCGAGUCCGGGAUCACGCACGUCGUCAACACGGUCGCGUUCAACUCCCGCGACGGCGUACAAAACUUCUUCGAGGACGAGCUCAAGUACAUGACGCUUCGCAUCCUAGACUCGACCGCGGAGGACCUCCUCGGCGUGCUCUACGACGUCUUGUCCUUCGUCGACGACGCCAUCGCCUCCGGGGGCCGCGUCCUCCUGCACUGCUCCCAGGGCGUCUCGCGCUCCGCAGCCCUCGCCAUCGCAUACAUCAUGUGGAAGACCGGCCGGCCCUACGACGAGGUGUACGGCCGCGUGAAGGCCGCCCGCGGCAUCGUGAACCCGAACAUCGGCUUCAUUUGCCAGCUGCUGCAGUGGCACCGGCGGCGCAACCUGCCGCUGGUGCCCGUGGGCUCGCCCUGCCUCGGCCGCCCGACGAGCGCGUCCUCGGAGUGCUCGAACCCGCACGCGCGGGUGUUCCGCCUCGCGCCGUACUCGGAGCACGACCCGCACAACGUCGUCCCCAAGAGCGCGCAACCCACACUGACGACGCUCGACCCGCGCGGCGCGUUCGUCGUGCACACCGCGACGCGCAUGUACGUCUGGGUCGGCGAGCGCGCGCCGAAGGCCUUCGUCGCCGCCGCGGACCGCGCCGUCGCGCACCUGCAGAGGUUCGAGGGCGCGCCCCGCGCCGUAACGCACGUCAAGCAGGGCAGCGAGCCCCCGGAGCUCCUCGCCGCCCUCGGCGCGACCGGGGAGAUGGCGUGGGAGCCGCGGGAGAUCGACGCGUUCACGAACGAGUACGAGCUCUUCCACCGGCCGCCGCCGACGGGCCGGCCCGGCGGCCCCGCGGCGCUGCCGUGCGGCCGCGGCGGCGCCUCGGAGCACCCCGAGCGCUCGGCGUGCGAGCUCACGUCCCCGCCGCAGCAGCAGCCGCGGGCAGGCGGGCCCCCCGGCUUCGCGCAAAUGUCCUCGCCGGGCGGGCCGCUGCCGGGCGUGGCGGCGACCCGCAGCGCGCGGCGGCUGCAGAGCGAGAAGCGGCCACACGACGCGACGUCGCCGAUGGACGGCGACCGCUCGCUCGAGCAGAGCCGCGGCGCGAGCCCCCUGAGCGGGACGCGCGGUGCGGGCGGGUCGUCCGUGCUGCGGCGCGUCGCCUCGGACAACUCCAAGCAAGGGACGCCGCGCGACCGCUGCGGGAGCCUCAAGGAUGACAUGUCACCUGUUGAGUAG